CACACAGUUACAAGUAUACAAUGGCUCAAGUCACUAGCCAGCCAGGUCUACCACCUCAGGCAGGCUCUUCGAGCCCGGUUCUCAAAUAUGUCCAAGUCCCUGAGACAAAGCACGAGCUUGACUGGGCUGAUCUCGUCACUUUGGACCUAUCCCAGUAUGAUACUCCAGGUGGGAAGCAGAAGCUGGCUACGCAGUUGAAGGAUGCGGUGCAACGAAUUGGAUUCUUCUACAUUACCAACUUUGGUCUCUCCCAAGAAGAAAUCGACCACCAAUUCGCCAUCGGUCAGGAACUCCUCCAACUCGAAGAAUCUGAGAAACUUCGACACCGCGCCAACCUCGAGGUCGGGAGCUACAAUGGAUAUCGACCACUCGGGUCUAUUGAAAUCCUACCGGGCCGGCGCGACAACGUGGAGAUGUACAAUAUUUUCAAGUUCGUCCCGCAAUACAAAAGGUCUCAUCCGGAAGUGAUCCAUCGCCACCGGGAAGAGAUCGAGCGGUUCCACCGAUAUGUUCAUGAAAAGAUCGUGCAUAGACUGCUCCGUCUGAUCGCGAUUGUCCUCGAACUCCCUGAGGACUUUCUCAUCGAUGGUCAUAGCUACGAGGGAAACAGUGACUGCCACCUGCGGUAUAUGAUCUACCGCGCACGUAGCGCCGCGGAGAAUGCCCGAUACGAGAAUCUCUAUUCACGCGGACACACGGAUUUCGGCAGUUUGACCCUGCUCUUCCGCCAACCCAUCGCCGCGUUGCAGGUCAAGACGCCCGACGGCCAGUGGAAAUACGUCAAGCCCUACCCGGGCAGCAUCACAGUGAACAUUGCCGACGCGCUGCAGUUCUGGACCAACGGGUUCUUGAAAAGCAGCGUGCACCGGGUCGUGGCGCCCCCCGCGGACCAGGCGCAUAUCGACCGGUUGGGGGUGAUGUAUUUUGUUCGGCCGGGGGAUCACUUGGAUCUGAGGCCUGUGAAUAGUCCGCUGCUUAGGCGGGAGGGAUUCUAUAAGGAGGGUGAACAGCAAAAUGAGGUCACGGCUGGGGAUUGGGUUAGGGCAAGGGUAAGGAAGAAUUGGGAUAAGCCUGGUGAUCGGAAGGAGAAUAUUUCUGUUGGUGGUGUUCAGGCAAGGCUUUUUCAUGAGUAGUUAGCCAGCUAGCUGGUACAAUCCGAC